ACCACCGUAUCGUUUGCCAUAUAAUAGAAACUCCAUCCAUAUUCCAUUGAAAUGAUGGUGCACGUUUACAACAGAACGCCAUUAAUCUCUCGCUGGGAGAACCGAGGCAUUCCCCAGAAGAGUCCGUAGUAAUGAAUGGCAUCAAACAAGUCAAAGUGAGACAGAGAAAGGCCUCCUGCUCCAAUAGCGAAGGGGAGACGGAUCUUUGGCCGACGCGACCGUGGCUCCCUUGGCCGGGAUCGAGCACCGCCGAGCCGGACACUUCACCCCGGGAAACAUGGAGGCUGUGGCCGAGGAGCUGCGGGCCGGCUCUCGGGUACCUGUCACUAUCGAUCAAAUAGUGAACGAUACACUGGUGGUGACGCUGACCUAUCGAGAAAGGAGCUACACGGGGAUAUUACUUGAUAGCAACAAAAAGAGUGGGCUCUUCUGUCUACCAGAUUUCAAAGCAAAACCUGGGGACUGCCAGAUAUCUAAACCAGGUUGUGAAAUCCCAGAAGUUCUGAGUGAGGAGCCGGUUUCCAAUUCUCCCAGCCAGGCUUCACACAGACCAAAGGAUGAAAACACUCUCCCUGAAAGCAGCAUACCUCCUGCACCUCUUCCCUGCCCCAUACCCACACCAGUGCCAGCUGGACAGACUCCUUACCCUCCUUAUUUUGAAGGAGCCCCCUUCCCUCAUCCCUUAUGGGUGCGCCACAGCUACAGCCAAUGGGUACCUCAGCCCCCUACUCGACCAAUCAAGAGAAAGAAGAGGCGGACGCGAGAACCAGGCCGCAUGACCAUGAGUACUAUCCGUCUGCGUCCACGUCAGGUACUAUGUGAAAAGUGCAAGAACACACUGAAUAGUGAUGAAGACAGCAAAGAUGGCAUGAGCAACACCAAGACAUCUAGAAAAGAGAAUGCACUACAGAGCGACGACGAUGGUGAUGACAAGGAUAUCCCCUCUAAGCUGUCGAGAAAAGAGGAUGUAGUUGCAACCAAGGACACUAAAAGACGGGAAAAUAGCACCAGCCUUGACAGCAAGCGCCUUAGGAAGGACAAAAGGGGGGAGGCUGACGGGGAGAAGUUCCCCGGAGGUGAAGUGAUUAUUCCUCACAGUCCAGUCAUAAAGAUCUCCUACAGCACUCCACAGGGCAAGGGGGAGGUCAUGAAGAUCCCCGCACGAGUCCACGGUUCAGUCAAGCCAUUUUGCCCCAAACAGCUGGUGCAGAAUGGUGUGGGAGAGAACGGUAAGGCGCCUUCUGAUCCCACCAAGGAACAACGGCACAUUCUAGAUGCCACAAGGUCUGGCCUCACUGUGUCCAUUCCCAAACUCAAACUAACCAGGCCUUUCACAACUGUGGGUCAGGACUUGCCUUCUCCAAAGAUCCGCUUGAGACCCCCCCAGAGGGAGGGUGAGGAGAGUGUGGUCGAGUAUGAGGCAGAACUUGUAGAAGGCUCUAGGAGACGAAGCCCCAGGGUUCCUGGUCCCUGCCUCCCCCACUCUGAAGACUCAGGGGAAGGCAAGAACUCUCUGGAGUUGUGGUCAGGGAGUUCUGGGGAAGAGGCUGAGCGCGGCCACAGCGACCUCACCCUUCUCAUCAAUUUCCGGAAGCGUAAAGCAGAUUCUUCUAGCCUGUCCGUCUGCAGCAGCGACAGUCUAGAUGAAUCCAAGUCCUUUAGCUCUGAUGGCACCUCACCAGAGCUGUGUGAUCUGGCGCCUGGCGAAGACCUCUCCGUAACCUCAUCUUCUGUACCUUCACGGGAGGACUGCAAGACAGUGCCACCACUUACGGUGCGGCUGCACACGCGCAGCAUGACAAAGUGUGUAACAGAGGAGGGUCACGCUGUGGCGGUGGGCGACAUUGUGUGGGGGAAGAUCCAUGGCUUCCCUUGGUGGCCAGCACGCGUCCUCAGCAUCAGCGGCACCCGCAAACAGGAGACAGCCAGUUGUGAGGCGCCAUGGCCCCAGGCAAAGGUGGCGUGGUUCGGUUCACCCACCACCUCCCAGCUCUCUGUUGCCAAACUGUCGCCCUUCAGAGAGCUAUUCAGGUCCCGCUUCAACCGCAAGAAGAAAGGGAUGUACCGGAGAGCUAUCCUGGAGGCAGCCAAGGCUGUGGGUCACAUGAGUCCGGAGAUUACAUCGCUGCUUUCCCACUGCGACACGUAGGUUAGUUCACAACAUUUACACUUGGGUGUAUCACAUCUACUGUUAUAGUCUGAUACAUGUGACCUUGUGCUUUCUAAGUCCUUAAAUAGGGCUGGGCAAUAAACUGAAAAUUUACCAGAAACAUCAUUAAUCUCUCAACUACCGAAAUAAAACUAUGUUGGUAUGUUCAAUUAAUUGAUUCCUUUAGACACGCUGUAGCCAAUCCCUACACUGCACCUGGAUGUACAACAAUGAAUCACAUUUACCCUACUUAGAAUCAACCAAUGAGUUUCAGAAAGCAUGUACUUUUGUCGUUUGUGUGGAUUCAUUCAAACAGAGGAAGUUUGGUCAGCGUUGUUCCAACUGGUAGCUCUAAGCUACGAGAUCAACUAAGAGUGUUGAGUCGGAAAAAACGAAUCAAAUGUUGUAAAGGUUGAUACAGGGCACUGGUGCAGAUGUUGAAGAGCUGGCCCAAAAAGUAGAUGCACUUGCAGUUUGUUUCGUCACCUUACAGAAUGAACAGUAAUUCAUCUCUUUUGUGUUAUUAAACAUACAAUAUGCAUAAGAUGCUCUGGCAAACUGACUUAUCUAAGGCAUUACUAAAGAGUUAUGAAACAUAAGAUGUACUUGGAACCUAAUAAAGGAAAAGGGUGCAUUGUGCUUAAAUAAUUCAUCCAUUUUCAAAUUGCUCAUUCUUUUGAGGUUAACUUAAAACAACUAAGGCUCAAAAGAUUCAGUUGAAAUCUCAAGGCCAAAAGGCAAGAAACAGUUUUAGUAGUAGCCUCAUUGAGCUUCACAAUCUGCAGCUCCAACCUGAGGAUAAGAUGUAAUUCUUCCUGAAUUCAUCCCAAAAGAAAUAUUUUUGCCAAAUAUGCUCAGUGUACAUAGUAUAAAAGAAUAUAUAUUGGCAGCAGAACUUGUGAAAUGUUGAUUAAAUAUUUAUCUGACACACUGAAGUAGCAGCUGGAGCCCCAUGACUUUUACA